GUAGUCCGAAUGCUCUCAGUACGAGUUGAAAAAUUGCCGAUAGUCAGUGGCUGGCUUUUAUUAAGGAUUAUUAAAAAACAACGUACAUUCAUAAGUUACUUUUAUUUUUUAAUUUAUUUCAAUAAAUUAAACUGAUUUUACUUUUAAGUGAUGGUUUUUAUAGUAAAUGGUGACUUUUACUGUGAUUUUUGAAAUUUGGUUUCACAAUGCUGUAAAUUUCGAUACUGAGUGAUUUAAUUCUAUUUAAACAUUAUUUGAUAGAAAGGAAAAAAUUCAAUAUGCAAGAUCAAGCGCGAUACUGGUGGAAGUUACUCUAUGUUGCUGACGCCAAAGGUAUAAUUGCCGGCUUGGCUGCGCACUCUGGUCAAAUAUCGGUCGGACUAUCACAAGGAUUCAGUGCGAUAUUAGUGCCGAAAUUGUUGAAAUCUAAUUUUGCGGGCAUCAAUGAAGCAUCAUGGGUAGCUUCGUUAGGGGUUAUUUCAAAUCCAUUGGGGGCAUUUAUUGCCGGGAUAACUGCGGAGUGCAUGGGUAGACGCUCGGCAAUAGCAUUGGCGACAUUGCCUCAUGUUACCGGUUGGUUACUUAUCGCAUUCGCACAUGACGUACCGACAUUAUACGCUGGAAGAUUUAUUGGCGGCAUCGGUACUGGGAUGGCUAAUGCUCUGUAUUUAUACGUAACUGAGGCAGCAGCUCCACACCAAAGAGCCUGGUUAGCGUCAGCGGGCCCAAUUCUGGUAUCCUUUGGAGUCUUAGGAAUUUAUGCGCUCGGCGCUUUGACUACUUGGCACAGUAGUGCUGCGAUAAGUAUAAUUCCAGCAAUAAUUUCGCUAGCUCUCACUAGAGUAAUACCUGAGUCACCAGCAUGGUUAGUCCGCAAAAAUCGGCUGAAUGAGGCCAAACAAGCAUUGUUGUGGCUUCGAGGCCCUGGAUUGGAUUGCGAAGACGAAUACAAGCAACUAUGCACAUCAAGUAUUAAACAGUCGGAGAAAAAGUCUGAAAAUUUAUUAAAAGUGAUCAAAACAAUAUGGAAACCAUUCAUAAUCUUGUUUUUAUUCUUCGCGCUUCAACAGAUGUGCGGUAUUUACGUAAUUUUGUUUUACGCAGUAAAUUUUUUAAAAGACAUCGGUACAGAUAUUGACGAAUACGUCGCUAGUGUUGGAAUAAGUAUAAUACGACUUGCGGCAGCUAUUCUGGGAGCGGGCUUGGCCAACCAUUUUGGCAGGAAAAGCCUCGCAUGCACCAGUGGAUUGGGCAUGGCUUUGUCAUCUGGUGGAAUCGCACUUGCUAUAAAGUAUCAAGGGACACCUAAAUGGGUGCCAUUGAUAUGUAUUGCACUCCACGUUGCAUUUUCGAUGAUAGGCUAUCUCACUUUACCUUGGGUGAUGACAUCCGAAUUGUAUCCUCUGCAAUAUCGCAGCACUGCUGGUGGAUUAACAACAGCGAUUGCACAAGUUAUGACAUUUGCUGCAGUAAAAUUUUAUCCGCAUAUGAAUAGCUUGAUCGGAUUUGAAGCAACUUUGUAUAUUUUCACAGUAGCGGCUUUGGUCGGUGCAUUAUUUGCCAGUUUCAUUGUGCCUGAAACUAAAGGCAAAAGUUUGGAAGAAAUUGGCAAAGGAUUUUCAUCAUCGAAUUUACAAAAUAGUAUCAAUAGUAGUAUUAUUGUUUCUGAUAGAUUUUCAACGAUACCUGAUGAUAAGUAUGUGAUCUAUCCAAAUGAUAUUGUUGUGCCUAAAGAGUACAAUAACUUAGGAAUGGAUUUGAGUGAUGAAAAAGACGUUGUAUUAAGUUCUAAUGCUGUAGGAAGCAAUUCGGAGACUAGGGAUGUUGGAGUUUUCAAAAUUUCUACUUUAGAACAUGGUUUUAUUUGAAUAUUGUAUGUGCGGAGGGGAAAAUCGACAUGAAUAGUCUAUUCAUAAUCAUACUUUGUUCAUACAGUAGAAAAUUUGUCAAGAAUGACCAUUCUUGACUGUUUUUAGGUAUUUAUUUUAUAUUAUUUAGUUUACACCUAAACUCGCUUUCAUACCGUUUAGAGAUUCGCACUCUAGAUAUCAGUUUUCAUGACAGCAAAGAAUCAUUAGAUACUCAUGAGUCAAUAUUGACACAUAAUUAUGCAUGCCGAUUUCUCUCUUGGUAGUUGUUGCUGACAAUCAUUUUGAAAUGAUAAUAAUAAGACUUUUAGAUAGGUUGUUUUUUAAAUGAAUUUUUAUAUUAUUAUACAGUAAUAUUUUUAUAAAUUGUGUGAUUAAUCAAAUUUACGUAUUGUGUCAGAAAGAUUUAUUUUGGUUCGAUAUAGUCUAGAUUGAAUGAUUUGUGCACCUGAUAACGCAAAGCGUUUGAAGUAGUGUUCUACUCUCAACUUGGUAAGGCAAGCGACCUUUGGACAUUACACUGAAAGAAAAGUGAAUAGUUAGUUGAAUUAUAAGUAUAACAUCACAAGUGUAAAUAUAUAGUUUUUUGAACGUUUUUUUUUUUUGUAGUUACUCAAAUUAUGCAUUAGUUAAAGUAACUUUUGAUAAAAAGUUAUAUAAACUAUAUUUUAAUUAAUAUUUUAAUAUUAUCAUGUUAAUUAACAAAUUAUUAGGUGACUAAAAGGUAGUUACAGACAAUGUCUCAGAUAGCUUCACUAGAAGAGCUCUUGAGGUGCAACCAAAAGAUUCAAAUUCGGCUCCCGAUCCAGGCUGUCCGAAUUAUUUUUUCGGUCACUAAAAAAUUCCCACCGAGUGGUCCCUCCUUUUCCUUUAUCCUUUCUUCUCUCCUUUCCCAAAAUUUGUCAUCAUUAACUUUCGAUAGAUAAUCGAGUUGCAGUAACUUAAAAUGUAGAGAGACAUACUGAGUUCAAGUGAACCAAGAUGACUAUUAUGCUCAUAUUUAUUUAAAAAUAUUUUGAGUAACUAUGAUUUUGGAGUACAGUAUAAUAAAUAAUUUUAGGUAUAAGAACUUCAAUUAAACAGUGGUGAUACUUACUGACUAGGUUUUCCUAGUUCAGAGAACCAUAUUUUUCUCUCGGUGUAAAUGUUUUCAUUAUUUUGUUUUUCUUUCUUCCUAAAAUAAGUACAAUCUAGUUGUAGAGAAUAUCGGGCAUACUCACAUUCCCAUUAUUCGUGUCCAUUGCUAGUUGAAAAAAGGAAAAAAUAUUAUUUAAAAAAAAAAUUUUACUGUCAAUAAAUUACGAUAAUUAGUAACCAUAAAUACACAAAUUGAAUACACGCUUAAAAAUUGAAUUAAUAUUUACGACUUACCUGUUUUUUUUUUUUAAUUAGGGGAUUUUAACUAGACGGAAAAUAAAAAAAAAAUUUUUAUCUAAUUUUUGAGAAGGGCCGUUGUGUCCCAAGGAGCCGUCGUGCCCCAGUCUCCCCUAUAUUAAUGCAGUUUCUUAAAAUAAAAUUUAUCUUUUAGUUGAAGAUUUAAAACAUCAGUUAUUAUGAAAUAUAUUUUUAUACAUAUAAAUUUUAAAAUUUUAAGGAAGUUCAGCGCGCUUUCGAAUUUCCGUUAUAACUUUACUAAUAUUUAGAAUUUCGGUCAAAAUUUUUUACAGAGUAUUGAAAAUAUCUAUUUUAAACAUAUAUUUUAUGUAAAACUUGUAAAGCAAUUACAGCCAUAUGAAUGACUUACAAUUGAUAUUGCAACGAAUCUACAAAUCAGUAUUAAUUAUGUAUAAUGAUUAUAAUUGUAUAUAAAAUGUAUAGUGUAAGUGUUUAAUUAUUAUUUUCAA